CCGCCGCUUGCCCCAGGCCCCGCCUGGGCUCCGCUCGGGUUCCCCCAGCGCCAGGCCUGCGCUGAUGCGGCCUCCUCGCCGCCACAUCCUGGGUCUGACAAGAUGUACCAGGUCCCACUGCCGCUGGACCGGGAUGGGACCCUGGUCCGGCUCCGCUUCACCCUGGUGGCCCUGGUCACGGUCUGCUGUCCACUUGUCGCCUUCCUCUUCUGCAUCCUCUGGUCCCUGCUCUUCCACUUCAAGGAGACUACGGCCACACACUGUGGGGAUGUUCUCUGCGGCCUCACAGCCCUUGGACCCAGAUGGGACUGUGUUCCGGCUCCGCUUCACGGCCGUGAUCUGGUGGAUCAUCACUUUCCCCAUGUUCGGCUUCUUCUUCUGCAUCAUCUGGUCUCUGGUGUUCCACUUUGAGUACACGGUGGCCACUGACUGUGGGGUGCCCAAUUAUCUGCCCUCGGUGAGCUCGGCCAUCGGUGGGGAGGUGCCCCAGCGCUACGUGUGGCGCUUCUGCAUCGGCCUGCACUCGGCGCCUCGCUUCCUGGUGGCCUUUGCCUACUGGAACCACUAUCUCAGCUGCGCGUCCCCGUGUCCCGGCUACCGCCCGCUCUGUCGCCUCAACUUCGGCCUCAACGUGGUGGAGAACCUGGCGCUGCUUGUGCUCACCUACGUCUCCUCUUCCGAGGACUUCACCAUCCAUGAAAAUGCUUUCAUUGUGUUCAUCGCCUCAUCCCUCUGUCACAUGCUCCUCACCUGCAUUCUCUGGCGGCUGACCAAGAAGCACACAUGUACACCAUUUUUGCCAUCCUGGAAUACACUGUCGUCCUAACCAACAUGGCGUUCCACAUGACGGCCUGGUGGGACUUCGGGAACAAGGAGCUGCUCAUUACCUCCCAGCCUGAGGAAAAGCGAUUCUAAACCCUAUCUCUUCUGCUAGGAAGGAGGCGGUCCACUGCCCAGAAACUAGAAACAAGACACUACACUCUGGCCUUCCCCGCCCUGUGUCCUCUGUGGGCCAUGCUAAGUGGGGGAAGGGGGAGAAGAAAGGAGGAAGGGCACAGGACGGGGCUUCAGGCAGCCCUGCUGGCUUCUCCUUUCCCUCACCCCGCCUGAAGGCACAGGAACCUUCAAGCAGCAUCACCCUUAUCUGAGAGGCCCCAAGAGGCUGAGCUGGCAGGAGAGCUCCACCAUCUGGUGCUAAAAAAAGUCGAGGUUCAUAACCACCGAAUCGGUUCUUGGCCUUUACAUAGCCACCUCUUGCUGAGGUCAGGGACCACUGAACAGUGGCUGCUACCUGAAAACCACAGCCAUCUCUCACCACCGGGUCAUUUGCUUGACUCAUGUGUCUACUCAUGUCCUGUGCAUACCCAGGCCUAGGGCCACCAUCCCAUGCUAAGUUUGCUCAGGUGUUCUAGCCCUGACUUCACCUCCAACUUAGAGUGUAUGCUUCCCUAUUUAAGCCUCAGCGUGUCCGUGUGGGUGAUGGCAGGGGAGGAGGGCUGUAGGAUUUGCAUGGGCUCUGCCAGUGGUUCUGAAACUACUUUGUGGA